CGCUUAUCGAUCGGGUGACACACCGACUGGCGACGGCAACCGAGGCUGUUAAACCGGGCGUCGGACGGAAUGGUGUUAAAGAGACGCGCGUGUCAAGACGGGAUAAAUGAGCGCGUGUGAUCCGCGAAGUAGCGAGGAAAGUACGAUCCGGAUCGAGUGCGCUCGCCUGUAUAAUUAGCAGUGAAUAAAGUCGAUACCUUAUCGCCGUUCGACACACUCACGGGAGACGGAAUGAGGGAUGCCGCGGGAAAGGCCCGCCUGACGAUGGACGAAAAGAACGUCGACCAACAAGAAGGGAUUAGACGCCGAAAUGUUUGCAGAAGGCUUUUCCAGGACGACGUGGAUAGUAAUGAACAAUCGACAAACGACAAGAACGACAAUGGACGAACGAGCAAUGGCGAGAACGAUAACUUGGUCAAUCGCUUAUUCGAGGAAGCACGGCGAGAUCGAGAUAAUGCCAAAGAAAGAUGGAACUUCGAUUUCGAGAACGAAGUGCCGUUGUCCGGUCGUUACGAAUGGGUGAGGGUCGACCGUGACGGAAAUGAAAUCUCUGAUUUCGCGCAGUUGAAGAACGGGGCGCCCGAUUUACAAGAGGGACGGCCAGAGGAGGCGGCAAAGACGGAUGCAGCAAAGACGGAUGCGGAAGAAAGAGAAUAACGAUCAGGCGGUCGGAGCACGCGAUGACAAGAAAAAGGCAGGAAUGGAGAGAAAUUGAAUUGAGUCUUCUGACUGAGUAUCGUGAUAUUAUUUCAUAUUUAUUACAGUAGAUGUAGACCGUCAAGAAAACGUAGUAAUUGAAAUAGCUGAGAGAUUUUGUAUUCUGUAAUUAACGACUCAUCUUUCGCGGAUACGAAAAAUCGGAAGGAUAUGAGCGGUGAAAGUUACUCGUAUAUUUUUUGAGAAUAUGCGAUGAAGUUCGAUAUUCGUACGAGUAACGAGAACGAUCGAUGUUUUCAAGACUUAUAAAUAGAUAAUGUGAUAAAUUAACGACUUUCGAACAAUGAAAUUAUGUAUAUUAAUUAAACUAGAUUAUUUAUCUGUAUAAAUAAUAGUCCAGCGGUACAUCUCGCAGAAACCACCUAGUAAGCGGGAAACAUUGAAUCAAUCUUUUGAAAAAUGGAUUUUAUAUAGAUUUUAUAAACAUUUUAACAUGAUAUUUUAUAUAUAUUUU